GGAGGACACUGUCCUAUUGAAGUUUUAUGUGUUUGUAAAGUCUAAAAUUUAGUUCAUGGAGUGUUUGUAUUGAAUGGAUGUUGGACAUCCCCAUGUGAAGUUGGAUGUAAGACUUAAAUUUAAAACAUGCUACAGUCAUUUAAUGUCAGCAGUGCUGGAGUCAUACAGUAAUGUGCAGAAGUACCUGAAGCGAUCUAGGACAGUCUUACCUUGAAGUCAUUGACUUCUAGGCUUGUAUUUAAGAGAUGUAAGACUAAUUGAAAAACAUAAGUCACAAAUAAAUGGAGCCAUAGGACAGUGUUCUACUGAAUUAAGAUUAUAUAGAAAACUAUAGGAGUCAUUGAGAUACAAGAUAGUCUGAUAAUAGACAUUGACUUGAAGUAUGUAAGACACUUGUAUAUGGAGCCACUGGACAGGCUAUACUGAAUUCAUGUAAGUGUUCUACAGUGUUACAUGGAGGUCAUGUAAUUUAGUCUUACAUUUAGGACAGGUAGUUCAAAUAUGAAGUCAUAAGACAGCAGUGUAAGAAUUCUAUUUCUUAUUUAAGACGUAGGACGGUCUUGUAUUGAAAUCCAGGUUAUUUCAGGGUCUGGGCAGUGGACACUCCAAUACAUAAAGAGCGGGUGCCAUGAACGCAACUGUUUUAUUUUUGGUGCCUUGACAUUAGAGCUCCUCUGUCAUGGCAGCGAUCCCACCAUUCUGUGACAGAUCUGAUAUUCGCUGUCGUUCGUCCUCUUCCUCUAAAUGAUGGAUAACCUUUUAUAGGAGGGACCGAGCAGGACGGAACACGAGUGGAAGCAAAGAUCGCUGUUGAUUGCUCUAUCAUGACGAAAGAAGAAGAGAUCCCUGACUGGGUGGGAGCCCAGGAGUUCUAUGACACGUAUGAGCCCAAGGAGAUUUUGGGAAGGGGAGUAAGCAGCGUGGUGCGUCGUUGUGUCGACAAACGGACGUCUCAGGAAUACGCCGUGAAGAUCAUCGACAUAACCCCUUCAGACAAGAUGACCUCGCAGGAGAUUGAGGAGCUCAGGGAUUCCACGGUGAAGGAGAUUGAUAUCCUCAAGAAGGUCUUUGGGCAGGAGAACAUCAUACAACUAAAAGACUGUUAUGAAUCCAAAGCCUUCUUCUUCUUGGUUUUUGACCUGAUGAGGAAGGGUGAACUCUUUGACUACCUCACAGAGAAAGUUACUCUAAGUUUUUCUUUCUGUGUCUGCUAUAGGAAGAUCAUGCGUGCUCUGCUGGAAGUGGUUCACUUUCUCCACGACCAGAACAUCGUCCAUCGAGAUCUCAAGCCUGAGAACAUCCUUUUGGAUGACCAGACGAACAUCAAACUCACCGACUUUGGCUUUGCUGUGCAAAUCCAAUCAGGACAGAAACUCAAAGAGGUGUGUGGAACUCCCGUUUACCUCGCUCCUGAGAUUAUUCAGUGCUCCAUGGACUCUGGCAAUGAGGGAUACGGAACUGCUGUGGACAUAUGGAGCGCAGGGGUGAUCAUGUACACGCUCCUCGCUGGCUCUCCACCUUUCUGGCACAGGAAACAGAUGCUGAUGCUGCGCAUGAUCUUAGCAGGGAAUUACGACUUCUCAUCACCCGAAUGGGACGACCGCUCAGACACUGUCAAAGAUUUGAUCUCCCGGAUGCUUGUGGUAGACCCCAGGCAACGUUACACAGCCAUCGACGCCCUUAGCCAUCCCUUCUUCUCCCAGUACGUCGUGGACGAAGUCCGACAGUUCAGCCCAUACAGGAAAUUCAAGGUCAUCUGCAUGACUGUACUGGCCUCCACGCGCAUCUACUGCAACUACCGCAGAGCAAAGCCUGUCACCAAGGAGGUGAUCAAGAGCGAUCCUUACGCACUCAAGCCUGUUCGCAAGCUCAUUGACGCGUGCGCCUUCAAGAUCUACGGCCACUGGGUCAAGAAGGGCCAGACGCAGAACAGAGCGGCACUUUUCGAGAACACUCCCAAGGCCAUCCUGCUGUCGAUAGCUGCCGAGGCAGACGAGCCUGUCCAUCACAUCUGGUAAUGACAAGCUGGGCCUCUGAGCUGCACUGUUGGGAGAAUUGUGGCAUUUUUAUAUGUGGAAAUAAUGGUGAGGCACAAACCACUCAAAUAGUCUAAUCCUAAACAAUACAGAUGUCAAGUCAUUCAUUAAAAAAAACCCUAGAAACUGACAUGUGUAUAUGUGAAUGUUAUCUGGUGUGCAGGCACAGAAGCUCUAUAAAAUUGUUUACCUCGUUUUCUUGGGUGUGACAUCUUAUCAAAUUGCUCCCGGCCAGAAUGUUUCCUAAAGGCCUAAACAUAAACUUGUCAAAUGCCAGCAACUGUUUGAAUAACAAACUCGUCCCCGACAGACAGCAGGAACACAAUACUCAAAAACAUCACAAGAAGUAUUGAGCCAAUCCAUAAGUUUUCUUUAUAGUAGGAAAAAUGCCGUAUCAGAUAUGUUGGUGAAAAUUACAUUCAUUAUGAGUCAAAACGUAUUUACACUUUAAACCAUGACAGUGUUUCAGGUGUAUCUGUACCUAUUAACUGAGCCAGCCUCUGCAUUAUCAGUGCAUAAUCAUUGCAGUGUAUUUGUGGCUUUCAUUCAUGAUGCUUACCAUCACCGUGUGAAAAUUAAAUGUCUUUUAAAAGUAAAAAUAUUAAA